AUGUUGAAGAUGUUAAGACAUGACCACUUGGUUAACCUUAUUGAAGUGUUCAGGAGGAGGAAAAGAUUGUACUUGGUCUUUGAGUUCAUGGAUCACACAAUCUUGGAUGAAUUGGAGAAAUUUCCACAUGGACUAGAUGAGAUGUUUGUUCGCAAAAUUUUGUGGCAAGUCCUAAAAGGAAUUGAAUUUUGUCAUUUACAUAAUAUUAUCCAUCGGGACAUCAAGCCAGAAAAUAUUUUAAUUAGCAAAUCAGGUAUUGUUAAAGUCUGUGAUUUUGGAUUUGCCCGGACAAUUACUCCUGGACCUGGGGAGCCAUAUACUGAUUAUGUUGCAACAAGAUGGUACCGAGCACCUGAGCUGCUGGUAGGAGACACAAAAUAUGGAAAGGCUGUAGACACGUGGGCUGUAGGAUGCUUGGUUGGUGAGAUCUUGUGUGGAGACCCUUUAUUCCCAGGUGAUUCUGACAUUGACCAAUUAUAUCAUAUCAUUAAAUGUUUUGGAAAUUUAAUUCCACACCACAAAGAAGUCUUUUCCAAGAAUCCAAUGUUUUCUGGUGCCAAACUUCCAGAAGUCCAAAAGUCUCAAACGCUUCAAAUGAAAUUCCCAAAAUCUUCAGAAGAUUCAAAGAAUUUUAUGGAGGAAUGUUUAAGGCUCGACCCAAGUCACAGACCAACUUGCUCACAGUUAUUAAAAAAAGACUUUCUGCAAAGGGAUUCAUUUUAUGCCAAAUUCUCUCAAGAGAUCCGAGCAAAAAUCCAACGGGAAAAUCAAAACGGACCUUUGCAAAAAAUCCAGAAAGCAAUGGACAUGGUCAAGCACGAAGAGAAGAAAAAAAAGCAAAAAGAAAGAGAGAGAGAACAGAAAGAAAAGGAAAAUAAUUUCAAAGUUAAAAGAAGGAACAUUGAUCAAGAUAAAUUGAGUAUUUUGCCUCAAAUGGAUCAGGCCAGUGAAAAUAUGCGAACCUGUUCACAGGCCCAAGAUGGCAUUGUGACUUCAGAUUUUCUCUUUGGGGUUGUUGAUGUUAUGCCACCAAUUAAUUACACACCAAUGACUCAGCUUAAUUUGCCAUCCAAAUCUGAUGAAAAAUGUUUAAAACGAAGUCCCCUUGAUAAAGUAAAGCAAUUUUCAAAACUGAGUGACACACCCAGAAAAGGACAAGAGAAAAAAACAAAUUCAGAAUCAAAGAAAUCAAAGUCAAGAGAAACAGACAGAAGAGAUUCGUUAAUUUUGCCAAAAAUGGAAACGCCUGCAGAAAAUGGAAGAACCAGAGAGAAAAUCUCAGAAAAAGGAUCGAUAAGUUCUACUUCACAUAUGCUGCCAUUUGAUCCUUCCAAAUAUCAGGACAGCAGUGGGACAGGCACAAAAGGGAUAAAUUUACCUUCUGUCAUUUAA